AUGGGGCUAAAGGAAAUGCUCAGUCUGGUGAGGGUGCCCUCCAUCUUGCUGCUGGGGUUGCUCUAUGUGGUCUACGUGCUGAUCGGUGGGGUGAUUUUCUGGGAGCUGGAGGGAGAACUAGGACAGAAGGACAUUGGUCUUCUGUUGUCGAACAAGAAAAAACUGCUUUUAAAGUACACCUGUUUGGAUCAAGAUGGCCUGGAAGCAGUCGCUCAGGUGAGAAAUCAGAAACAUAGACAGCAUAUGUAUUUAAUCAAAGUCACAAGGAAGUCUUUCUCAGACAGACAGGGAACUGAGAAUAGGUUUGAACAGCUUUAAAGUCCUUUUUUUUUAGGGGGAAAUGUAAAAAAAAAGCUCUGAGUUUAAUUCCUGCUUUAUCUGCACAGUUGUUUAGUGUGAGUAUUGACAUGUUGGUUUUACAGUGACAUCGCUGAAUUUACAUUUGGGCCACAGCCCUACACCUUUUGCAUUUUCAUAUUUCCAAAUGGAGAAAAAUACUCAGCCUAACGUAAUGAUUGAGUUUUCCACUGAUUUUGCAAAUAACUCCACAUAAUUUUAAUACCAAUUCCAGUAAUUUUUAUUAACAACUUAUCUGACAAGGACAAGAAGAUAAGGAAGUAGUGCCACAAUAAGGAAAUGUAAAAUCAGUAACUGCAAAACUUGAUUAUUAAAUGAAAACAGUGCGCCAAACACAAAUUUUUGAAUAAAAAGCAUGAACCUGAAUUAGAAAAACAUUAUGGGUAAUUUUUGAACCAGACAAAAAAAACAAAUGAACCUUUAGCAGAUGAUCACAAAGUUCUCAUAUUCAAAUCUUGAUUUUAACUCCUCACAUGCAGGUAUGCAAGGUGUACUUUAUUCAUAGCUUCAGUGUUUUGGUCUGACCUCUGUAGUGUGGAAAAAAGAAAACAGCAACUUUACCCACCUAUUCCCUUUUUGUGACUGUUAGAGGAAGGCAGAGAAAAGUGCAGAGAAGCGAAAGCAGCUAAGAUGAACUGAAUUUAAUCAUGUCCACUGGAUAAGCAGGAUAUUGAUGAUAACAGUGUGAGACAACAGCCCCUGGUACUUUCUGUGGCAAGCAAAAGCAAUCAGUGACACUGUCAACAAGAAGAGGUGAAAUCAUAAGCCACUAGAUACACAUCCAGACAAUAACUUCUACCACAGAUCAGUUAUAUGUAACAAGCAUGAUCAGGUUGGUGCUAGUGUUGCUUUCACUCCUCAGAACUGAUAGCCAUUGUUAUGAGAUUUUAAUUAUUCAUGAUGAAUUAUUUAACACAGCUAAUGAUUGCUCAGAAAACUGGGUAUUGGAGUUACAUAAUAUCUGUAAUGAACAUGUAACCAGAGCCCUGAUGUUGUACAUUCCAGUACAGUAGGUGGCAGUAUGGCCCACUCAUUAACUUAAACCAACAUUAGUACAUUUGAUAAUAAACUUAAUUAAGGAAAAGGCACAAUAUUAUUGGGUUAUCUUCAUGUUGUAAGUCAGAUUGAUUUUAAACAUUUUAUGAGGAGAUGGCUUUUACAUUCUUUUCUUUUCUUUUUUUUUUUUUUGUCUUCAUAACUCUGCUUGUUCUUUCAAGGACUCCAGUCUCUCUUUCUCUGCUACAAAAGAAGCUAUAACACUUAGAUUUAGGCUUUUUAUUGUUCCUUUUAUACUUAUUUGGUCGCUAAAAUUACGGCUCCACAAACUCUCUCUUUAUCUUUAUUUUUAUCUUAUUUGAAAACCCAUUUCAGAUUCUGUCUGAAAUCGAAAUUUCGUUACUGUCUUUUUAAGUCCACUUUCCUCUGAUUGGCCAGCUCCCUGGAAGCGACCACCACUGUUGCCAUGCUUCAUAGUUGCCAUCAUUGAGUUAACCAUUUAUACGACAAAUUCUGAAAUAUUGUAAAAUAGAAUUGCAAUAAAAUUUGGAAAUAGUACACAGCAGGCCACUUGGUAUGGGUUGCGUUUAUUGUGUUCUUUUAGAGGAUUCACCAACUGAUGAUGUCACAAAUUCAGCAAAUCUCCAGAGACUUUUUAAAUGAGCUUUUCAGAACAUCACAAUCUAAAACUAUGCCUAUGUUUAGCAUUUUGUCCAAAAUUAUAACUUACUUGGCUUUUUUAAAAAUUAUUGUUAAAUUAUUCAUUUAUUUUAAAUAUGUUAAAGCAAUGACUUAUAUUCAAGCAAUAAUAUAAUAGUUAGAGUACGUUUCAUGUGGCCCAGCAUUUUCAUGCUGGGUUGAACCUAGCAUAACUUUUACAGAACUGCCAUGCUCAUCAAUGCCACUUCUUGACCACUGACCAAUUGGAAUCAAGAAGUGGUGGGACUUGUGAUAGCCAUAGACUGUAGCUGUGUCUCAUUUCAGAGACCGCAUCAGGCUGAGCGCGCUCAAGUGCGCUUAGCUGAGCGCACUGCCGUUAUGUGGACUUGAGUACCCUGGGUGAGAUGGUCCGGUUUUUGUGAAAUGGGACAGACUACCCUUCGGAGGAUUUCCUGGUUGAGUCGCCAAAUGUCCCCACCCUCAGACUUGCGUCACGACAGACUUGAAGAAAAGCUACGGAGCGCAGCAGUUAUUUUUUAAUUGUGUGACCUUUUACAGACACAAAACAAUAGAUACAUACAAGCACAGACCAUCCCCACAAAAUUCAUCCAAAGAUUGCAUGUUUUGUAGGAAGAAGUAUGAGGGCCAUAUUGAGAAUUUUUUUAAAGACUUCGAGAUUAAAGUCGUGAAUUUACAAGAAUAAAGUCAUUAAUUUAUGAGAAUAAAGUUAUAAGGUUACCUGUUAUUUCAAAGGAGAGUUGUUUAAAUUAGGGCCAUGAAGCAUUUAAAGGAACUGUGCUUCAGUAUAGGUUUCACAAACAAGGAGACACUUCAUCCUUUGGCACAUCAGCAUCACAUUGUCACAAGUAUAAAGACUUAAAAAAGAACAUAUGAGAAAUACAUCUCAACAAAAUAAACAGUUGGACUUGGAGGAUUUUGCUGCUUUUGUGGAGGCAGAUACGGAUAGGCUGAGGAUAAAUCUGUCAAUGUAGCUGUAAAUAGCAGUGAAUGGCAUUGAGCUUCAGUUUAUGAUAUGAAUCCAUAUGCCAUAACAAGGUGUUGGUGUCUCUGCAGGUGUGGUUGCAGAGACGUGGUGCUCGUCGGAGCUCGACUCCCUCUGGAUCACAAAUGUUGAUCAUAAGUUGGAUUGUUUCUUCAGAAACCACAAGAACUCUCUGAAUGACCCGCUGAUACAUUCACAGAUAACCCUGCAGUGGACUAGCUCCACCCAUUUCCUCCUCCACAAAAGCAGCUUUAUGACUUUAUUUACUUUAUGACUUUAUUCUUCUAAGUUAACAACUUUAAUCUCUAAGUCUUUAAAAAAAAAAGUCAAUGUGGCCCUGAUACUCCGAUGUAGUUUUGUCAGCUUUCUUAUUUCUAAUGUUUUUGAUUGUGGUAGCAGAGUGGAUCAGUUCUUUUCUAAAGAGUAUAAUGUUUGGUUUGCAGCUGCAGAUUUUAGUGAGUUCAGCAAUCAUGCGCUCGUGCAGCCUGAGCUGACUGUCUUGUGUUUUUGGAUUUCUUGUAUAUUCUGUGAUGACGCCCUGCGUCUCCACGCGGGUCUGGCCUCUCACCUGAAAUGCGCAGCUGUGCAGCGGCACGCAAAGAAUUCUGGGAUACCAGGGCCACGAAAAAUGUGCAUAAAUGCACGCUUGAAAAAAGGGGUGGGGGUAGUGUGGUUUUGAGACCGAAUUUGAAGCGCGCUCAGUGUUUCGAGCCAAAUGGGGCACUGUUUGCGCUGCAUGAUGACAUCACGCACACUUCAAAUGCGCCGUUUGAUGGUGCGGUCGCUGAAAUGAGACACAGCCUGUAUAUACUAUCUAGCUCUCGGUAUUUACAAGAUUUUUUUUCAUUUCUUGAAACCAGCGCUCCACAGUCACCGACAGUCGCUGUGACGCUUGGCUCAAACAGCGUAUCCCCCGGGAGAGCUAUGCAAUCCCUGAACGCCCAUAGGCUGUAUCAGGUGUCAAUCACAUGAACCCCCUAAUAACUGUUAAAAACAGAGCUUCACAGAAAAAAAGAGGACUUGAGCACAAACCAGUCUUAAAAUAACAUGUCAACAUCACAAGUAGGGGGGAGAAAAAAUUAUGUUCUGUGUAAUUAAUAUCUAAAGUUUGUCCACAGCCCCAUAAGCUUUGCUGGCGGAGGCGGGAUUUAUGACCUAUACUGCAGUCCAUCAAUAGAGGGUGCUGUUCUCAGAGUGGCUUCACCCAGCAAGGAGGCAGACUCUGUCCAUUUUAUAUACAGUCUAUGGUGAUAACAUUCUUCUUCUUCUUCUAAUAACAAUGGCAGAGGUCUGCCAAGAAUGAUUUGUGUCAGCUGUUUUAAAUUUUUCUUUGUAAAAUGCAAUUGAAUGAAAGUACAUAUGAAGCAAAUAGAGCAUUCCAAGACAAACCUAAUGAUCAGAAUUGUUGUAACGUAGCAGCAGUCAAUUGGUUGAGAAGCGCUUUAAAAUAAGCCCCUGGACACUGGCAGCAAAAAAUACACUGAUUUCCAACCAGCCUUAUAUCCAAAAAGACAUUAGUAAUGUUGAAAUCAAUGAUAUGAAUCAGAAUAAUACAAAUAAUCAUCUUGUCCUGUUUUUACAUGACAAAGAGGCAACAAAAUUCAGAAUUGAAAAAUGUAAAUAUAGGAAAAUAAUAGAUUGCUGAGUGUGCUAGUACACUGAGUUUGCAAUGUUGUUAAACAGGAAAACCUGACGAUUUAAAGUCAGAUUCAGAUCAUAUUUUCAUUUUCCAUCUGUUUCUAAAGUAGGGCAGUAUUUCAGCAACACAUCUGUGUGAAAUGAUUGCAUCAUAUUGGAGACACUUAGAUAAGCAGGUCUCAGACUGGGGUGUGUUUCUUUGGGAGUCAUUUCCCACACUGGUGAUGGAGUAAAGACUUUUAUGUAACACACUGAGUCAACAUAUCUGCUCAACCUCACACUCUGCUGGGAGAGAUGUUGACCUUACAGGCCUCAAGACGUUCAAUGGGUUUUGGAUCAAUGCAUGUUGAAGUCUGAAGUCUGACCUGAGAAACACAACCAGCUGAGUCUGGACACUGAUUUCUCAUUUUCUUUCAUGUUUCAGGUCGUUCAGGAUGCGUCAAAGGUGGGCCUGAGUUUGAAAGGAAACUACACCUCAGAUGGCUUCUGGAAGUUCACCAGCUCUGCUGUAUUUGCUGCCACUGUGGUCACAACUAUAGGUCAGACUUUAUGCUUUAUCAUGUCCCAUAACAACUUGAAUGAUUACACUAGCAAUUAUACAUGGCUGCUUCUAGUAGCCGUUUCCUCACCUUUUUCCAUACAGACAGUAAGUUUAGAUCAAACUUUGAAAACAGUUUUUUUUUUUUUUCAUCUCAGGGAUUUUGUAUAUUUAUGCAGCUCUUCUAGGUGGAAGAACUUGAUCCAAAUCCAUCUUUAAGUCUGUCCUCUGCCUCUGCCUCUGUCUGUACAGGCUACGGAAACAUAAGCCCCACCUCCACUGCUGGCCGGAUCUUUUGCAUUUUCUUUGCCCUGUUUGGGAUCCCGCUCAACUUGGUGGUUCUCAACAGGGUGGGGAAGUAUAUGCUCGCCAUCGAGAGGAAGAUCUCUGACUUCCUGGAGGGGAAGACGGGUCGUAGGGUGAGGAGAUGAGCUAGUCUAAGGGGUUAUCUUGUACUUUUAUGUGGCAAAUUAUGCAUGACUUCUUUUUCUUUACCUGCAGAAGUGUACUCGCUUCUUCGUCCACCUGGUGUCUUACAUGUCGGGAACACUUCUCUUCUUUGUUGUUCCGAUGAUCGUGUUCCAGCAGCAUGAGGGCUGGACCUUCUCUCAGGCCAUCUACUACUGCUUCAUUACCCUCAGCACCAUUGGCUUUGGAGACUACGUGGCAGGUAAAAUCUCAAAACACCCUCAGCAGACACAAAAGUUUUCUCUUCUGAUCUUCAGAGAAGAUCAUCAACAGUGAGAAGCUGCUAGCUGAGCUGCUCACAGCAUCAAAUCAUUAACACCCAGUUAACAAUUCUGUCAACCAUGAUCUUGUCUGUUUUGUCUUUAGACAGUAAUCCAGACAAAGUUUACCCUGAGUGGUACAGCGUCCUCAUGGCCAGUUGGAUCUUCUUCGGCCUCGCCUGGCUCGCCUUGGUUAUCAACCACUCGAUGGACAUCCUGGAGCGGCUCAACAACCACUUCAAACAGUGGUGGACCAGAGAGACGCCAGAGGAAGAAUCUGGAAGCGUGGAGGAGGAAAACCCAGAGACUCUGGAGACUCAGGUGGAGGAGGAGGAUAAGAUAAAGAAGACUCCGAUAACUUAG